UUUUUUCCUCGCUGGAAAUGCUUAGGCCAGGCGGAGAAGAAGAAACCGAAGACGUCAUGCGCGUCUGCCUGCUCCCGGCUCCGGGCUCCCCCCCCAGCUCUGCGGCCAUGGCUCACCCCGCCAUUGACCCCCCUGGCGUAAGCGGGGGAGCCAGAUCGUUCCAAAAAGGCGGACCACAUCCCCACGUAACUCCGCGGCGCCCGGGCCCCGCCCUCCCCCUGGGAACCUAGAUAUCGCGAAAAGGUCCCCGGGGAGCCCGCGGUUAUAUAGAAGCUUCUUUCACUUGCCUCCCUCGUCGUCUCCGUUACAACGCAGACACUGCCGCCGCUCCGCGACAGUAACUCUGCUCUCUCUCUCUCUCGCAUGGCGUACUCCUCGAGCCGCGGGACGAAACCCUAAUGGAGAACCGGCGCCGCCGCCACGCCCCUGCGCCGUAGACUCCCCUCGCCGCAGUGAGCCCCGUUGCAAGAUUUAGCUCCGCGUCGCACAGCUUCUUGCAGGAUAGCGCCAGCGCUUGCCGAUCCGGUGGGAAAAAAAAGUGGGAGCACGGAGCGGCCUCGCCUCGGCGGGGGAGGCGCCCGCCAUGGGGAGCGACCUCAAGGAGAUGAAGUACAGGCGGAGGAUCGGGGUGGAGGAGCGGCCGCAAUGCAGCGACCCGAGGGGCGGCGCGGACUGGGCCGCGCUGCAGCAGGACCCCGUCGAGCUGCUGCGCAAGCUGGACGAGCUGAGGGACCAGAUCACGCGCUCCUGCAACGUCGUCGUCGGCCAGCCGCGGGAGCACCGCAGGGUCAGCCGCCGUGCGGUCUCCAUGCUCCCCGAGCAUCUCGAGCCACCGCCUCUGCCAGGGUACCACCGCUCCCGCUACGGUGGGCGGUAUGGGCACGGCUUGCCGCCACCAAGCCCAUACGCACCGCCACGCCCUGAACAUGGGGAAAGGUAUGCGAGGCAGUCUAGUGGGCACUACCGCCAGUACCCUCCCAGGCACUGCGAGAACGGUGGGAUGGGGCCUGGGACCUACCAUCACCAUGGGUGUGCCUGUCCGCACUGUCUGCAUGGGCAGAGGACUUUCCCGCAGGAGGAGAACAUCCCAAUGGCGAGAUACUUCGCCGGGCAGCACGAAUCAUACCGGUUGGAGAGGUCGCCUUCUGUUUCAUCCGAUUAUGAUCGUGGGUCUGUGGCGUCAUCACUUUACUCUCAUCGGUCUGUAUCGAAGAUGAGGGCAGAGUACUUCAGGAAGAAGGCAGAACAUAUCUGCCGUCCAGUGGAUGGUGCCGCACCUUUCUCUGUAUGCAGUUCAUGUUAUAAACUACUGCUGAUGCCUAUGGAAAAAUGCGUAGGGAGGAAGCAGAAUCGGUUUCAAUGUGGGUCUUGUUGUCAGAUAAUUAGUUUGAAGCAUCAGGAAGAAAAUGGUAUCCCCUUUGCACUUGCACCAUCAUCAUCCUUACAUGCGCCUGAAAUGGAGCAAAGCACAAGUGACCAGAUGAGGCAAGAUUCUGUCCAUCAGCGCCAUGAGGAUUUCAAUUUUAUGUUCAACAAUUCAAAUGAUCAUUGCGAUAUGCAAAACAACAUGGAUUUCACCGAUGAUAAUUCACUUCCUUCGACCGCGAGUAAUGACAGGAUUGAGAUUGACAAAGAGUGUGGGUCAACUAGAAGCAUUCAGUCAAAAGCUGAGGGUCUCUCUUUCUCUCCAAGUAGGUCUGUAGACAUUGGUAGCCCAAAGGAUAUAUUGUGCGAGAGGGAUAAAGACAGCAAUGUGGAGCCUUCCUCAGAUGGUCCACUUAGUCCACGAUCUCCAACUUUAGAGGACAAACUUGUUGACCCGUUGUGUGCCCAGGAAAAAGGUAACGAUGAGGACGAUCAAGGCACGGCUUACAGAUCGAACCUAACAUGCAAAGGAGAAUAUGAUGCUAACGACGAGUAUGAUGGGGACGUUAGUACAAGAAGCAAACCGGAGAGCAAUGUAAAUGACAAAGAUACCACUGAAGGCGAAACCUCAUGCAGAAAUUACAAGGAAGACAACUGUUGCAACAUUGAAGAUAGUAGCAAAACAUACGAGCAGAAUAGUGGAGAAGAUGACACCAGUAGUCUAGUAGAUGGAAAUGAGAAGUAUGAGUCUAUGAAUACUAAAGACGAUGAUAGCAGCCCUGGAGGUGAGGACACAUGCAAUAGGUAUGAGCCAAAGGUUGAAGACGAUGAAAAUUGUGUUCUUGGAGCUGAGAGCAUUAGCAACAAUUGUGAUGAAAAUAAUAAAGAUGCCAUAAAAACUGGAAGCAUAAGUGAGAGACAUGAAGAGCUGAUAAUUGAAGAAGAAAAUGAGAAAUUGCAGCAGGCAUUUAUUGAAGAUGCCAAUUCCCAAGCAGGGAGUGGUUCAUCAAUUAAUGAGCGGACGAAUUCUGGGUUUUCUCGCGGUUCAUCAGAGGCUGGGUUAGAUGAAGAUCAGUCCUCAACCGGUAAGAGUGGGGACUCAUCAUUUUUUGCUGGUUUCUUGAAGAAGGGUUUCAAGGACCUUUCUUUAUUAAAUAAGUCCAUGGAUAGCGUUAAGGUUUCAAUUAAUGGUCAUCCAAUCUCUGAAAGAGCCCUUAAGAAGGCAGAGAAGAAAGCUGGUCCUGUUGACCCAGGUUCAUAUUGGUACGACUACCGUGCUGGUUUUUGGGGUGUCAUGGGACGAGAAUGUAUCGGCAUUGUCCCUCCAUUUAUUAGAGAAUUUAAUUAUCCGAUGGCCAGAAAUUGUGCCGGUGGGGAUUCUGGUGUUUUUGUCAAUGGCAGAGAACUGCAUCAAAGAGAUUUAGAUCUACUUGUAGGAAGAGGACUACCACGGACAUCUGGAAAAUCAUACUCUCUUGAGAUGUCAGGAAAUGUAAUUGAUGAAGACACUGGAAAAAAACUACGCAGUCUUGGAAAACUUGCUCCUACGAUUGAGAAGUUGAAGCGUGGUUUUGGCAUGCACGUCCCUGAAGAGUUUAGAUAGCUGGUUCUAGUACAGGAUCUUGGUUUUGCUAAUAAUACACUCUUCAAAGCUGACAAUGGGGUGGCAAACGUGUGGCUUCUGCGGGACGGUGGUAUCAAAUCUCAGAUUUCUUGGACUGGAGCUCUGGAAGCAGCAGUACUUAAGAUCCUUGGUGUGCGGCGAAGGUUGUCUGGCACUCAAGAAACCAAGAUAAUCUGGUCUAAUGACUUGACUACCAAUAGUACCCCUCCUGCUAAUUUCAAUUGCUUCAAUGGAAGCGACGUGUGCUGCUAGUGACUCUAGAUUAUCAGGCAGUUCUUAACUUCACUGCUCUGCCUGUACGUGCUAUUCCUUGAAUGUGUUAUCAUUAUCGGUACAUUGCCCCAUCACAGGCAUAGAAGUGUUGUCAGAUGUACCAUGAGCAAUUGUCGGCUUGUAAUAUAUUGGUAGAGAUAUGCUUCCCCUAAUAUUUAUAUGUAUAUAUAUGUGAUCUUGAUUCUUGAA